AUGGCUCUCCGUCUUUGUCUCGGCCUUGGGCUUUUGACCGGCUUCUGGGAGGUAGCUCUGCUACUGCCGCGGAGCUACGGCCCUGCUCAUCCGACCCAGGCGCCCGCGCGUCCAUCCCGACGCUGCAGAGCAGAGAGCGACGUGGAGGAGGCGUCACAGCUGGCAAUCUACGAGUCUGACCUCUGGAAGAAGUCCUGCAGGAACUCGGCAUACUUGUGCAAAGAGAUCCACUACAACACCCUGGCGCGGGAGUGGCGCUGUAUAUGGAGCGAGGAGGAUCAGAAGCGUUCUCUCACGGAACUGCAACGCGUCCUAGAGGACGUUGCCGUGCCGGCGCUCCGAAGAGUGCCUGGCUUGUUAGGCGUGCAGCGAAUCGUCUGUGGAUGCAAAAAAGAGUUCAAGAUCAUAUGUAAGCUCGGUCUCGAUGCGUUCGAAGACUGGUCCGGCCAGCAGUUCUACCCCGAGGAAGAGAUGGUCCAGAGGUGGCAAGCUAUUGAAGGUGUCAGCAAGAUCGAGGCUGCCUGUGUCCUGCGAAGCACCAGAACCGCAGAGAGUGUGAGAAUCCACAGGCGGCUCUCCUGGCCCGGCUUCGUGCCGCAGGGGACGCUGCAGCCGCCUCCGGCGAGGGUCUGCUGGCCCGUGAGUGUUACCAAGCCGCCGCAGGCCACUCUUCAGAAAUCGGGGAGAGGGAUGGGAGAAGUGGCGACGGCGUUUUUGCGGAGUCUCUUCGUCAUUCGAGGCCUCCUGGAGGGCGACGACGCCUCCCAAGCCGAACGGGCCGAGGUCUUCAUGAGGAUCGGCGACACGUACGUGGAUGAGCAGGUUGCAGACCGUGCUCUCGAAUGGUUCGAGAAAGCUCAGCGAGAGCUUGACAAGGAUUUGAGGUUGGCAGCCCCGCUCCGCGCGUCUCUGUUGGCCCGGCGGGCAGCAGCCAUGGCGCAAGGCGGCGAUGUGCCGGAGGCGCUUGGCGAAGUGGAGGCGGCCAUGAGACUCCUCCAAGGCGACGGCGAGUCGCCAGAGGUAGCUUUGGUCCGGACGGUGCGCUCCGAGCUGCUGCUGAGGGCCGGCAAGCCAGAUGAUGCGAUCCAGGAGCUGCGAAAUGUGCGGCCCCGGUCGCCGCGGUCCUCAACAGCCUUGGGCAUGGCCUACGUGGCAACGCAGAACUACUCUGAAGCCAGGGCUGUGUUGCAGGAAGCCAUCGAGGGCUUCGAGGCGCAAGAGGGCCAGGCCACCCUAUUGGCCACGCGUGCCCUGCGCGGCCUCGGGGUGGCUCAGCGCGAGCUCGGGGAUGCCGCCCUGGCCAAAGAAACCCUGGAAACAGCGAGGAGCAUCCUGGAGGCCCAGGGAAAGCUGAGCUCCGAGGAGGGCAGUCGCUGUUUGCUGGCGUUGGGGGAUGCCUGCGUGGAGUUGGACGACUUCGAAGAGGCCGUCGAGUGCUUUGAGCUCGUGCGCCUGAAUGCGGAGGUUGGAAAAGCCAGCACGACGGCGGUCGACGUGGAUGACCUCUUCCAGAAGCUUGAAGAGGCGCGCCGCCAGCUUCGCCAUGGCGAUGCCGAGAAGCUCUUCGGCCCGCCGGAGGAGAGCGACGACACCAAGCCGAAGAGAAAAUCGAUGUGCGUUUGCGAGCUGUACGGUUCAGCGUCUAGGUGA